AUGUUUAUAGCACUGAAUCUUUUGAUACCUUCCAUUCAAGAAUCUUACAUACUCAAUUGUAUAUUGGGUUACUCGCUUCUACACGAUUUAGGUAAUUUCGAGCUCUGGCGUGAAGUUGAAGAUGAAGUGGAGGCUAAGAAGAAGAAGAAAGAAGAUGAAGAGGAGAAUAAUGCAAUGAAGGCCUUAGAGAACAGAACGAAGCAAUCGAAGAAAGAGAUGGACAUGCUGGAUACUCUCGAGGAGAUCCGAGACAUGAACGACAGGAAUGCGGCCGUAGAUGUCAACGAAUUGAUUCAGCAGAAGAACGAUGCACUGGUCAAAGAGUUGCAAGACCAGGAAAAGAGGGACGAAGAGGAGAUUGCCAAGAUCUUCAACAGUACAGGUGCCGGGGAUGACACUUCCGCCACAGACGGUGCCGCCGAUAAUAUUGUGGUACCAGCUGUACCUGUUAAAGUCAAGAGAUUGGCAGAAUCCGACUCGGACGAGGGCCAAUCAAAUGUUCGGAAAAGGCCUGUUUUUGGCCAAUCAGAUAACCCGAAGACCAAAAAGGCUAAACCCGGGUUGGCAAUACAUACUAUUACGGAUCACAGCGAGCUUGACAUAAUACCUGAGAUUGUUACAGUAAGUGCGAGCACCAAUGCGCCUCGUUCUAAGGAGAGUGUGAUGAAGAAAAAGUUUAACUUAGGGGCUAUGUUGGGUAUUGUGAGGAAGUCUGAGAAACCGGAGGCGGCAGUUGUGAAGAAGUCUGAAAAACCGGAGGCGGCAGUCAGUAAUGUAUUGGCUGGGUUGGGUGGGUAUGGCAGCAGCAGCGAAGAUAGCUCAUGAGUGGGGUUCUAUUAGUAUUACCUCCACUAUGCUUCUCCCCAUUGAAUUUUACAUGUUUGGGUUCUGUGGUGGCCACGGUAGUAGUAGCAAUGUCAGCGCUUAUUAGAUCCCUAUCAUCACUGAUGGGCAUUCGCACUCGCUUUCUUCUCGUGAAGUAGGGUAUUACAAGUGACUUUGGAGAGGUUGGGUACACUAGGUGACAGCAUAUGAGAAGAUUUUGCACUAUCAGUGUUGUUCUGCCCGAGCCCCUUCCCAUAACAUGUUCAACAAUUAGAGAGAGAAAAAUGGCUCUGGUUGCGGCGAUUGUUAGUUUAAAGGAGGAGUUCUUGAUCACAAAUAUAUUACUUGGCCCGAACUUGCUUGCAAGACAUUGAUGUAUGACUCGCGCAAGCUGCUUGACAUGCCACGGAUCUUGCUUCGAGGCUGGCAGGCUUCAGGCUUGGGUGGCAACGGAAUUGUGCGAACAUAGCACGCGGGAAGGUCUUAUAUUGACAUCUGAUACAAAUCCAGCAUGUUUCAUAGCAGGCGGUAUUUACAUUGACGUGAACAUGGUUGGGUGUAUUUAGUAGUGGUAGCGAUCGCAGCACAGGGAUGCGACUUUCGUAGUAUUAUUUUCUUAAAUGCCAUGCGCUAGUCCGCAGUGGGUUAGGCGGCUGUGCGAUCAUAGCACAUAUCAGGGUACGUCACCAUCAUACACGAACCUGCUUCACAGACGUCGGUGUUGAUAUUGAUACUGUCAGGCUUGGGUGGUUAUGGUAUUGGUAGCGAUGGCAGCACGUAGGAGGAUCACCAAAGGCUGUUGGUAUACGAUAUUUUGCAAGCCUAUGUUUCAAGGCAUAUAAAUACGAUCGCACGUGCUUAUUCGCGUUCGGCCCACUCGCUGAUAUUUUGCAAGCCUAUCUUUCGAGGCAUAUAAACAUAAUCGCGCGUGCUUUUUCGCGUUCGGCCCACUCGCUGAUAUUUUGCGAGCCUAUCUUUCAAGGCAUAUUAAUACGAUCGCGCGUGCUUAUUCGCGUUUGGCCCACUCGCUGAUAUUUUGCGAGCCUAUUUUUCAAGGCAUGUAAAUACGAUCGCGCGUGCUUAUUCGCGUCCGGCCCACUCGCUGAAGUCAUGAGAGGCAAAGUGCAACGCUUCAGGAGUAUUAGAGUAAAGGCGAACUAUUGUAUCAACUUGGCGUUUUCGGCCCAUUGGCUUUGUUCUGAAGUACACGGCACAUCCUUGUGGUACCGAACACGUGCGUCUAGAGGUGCCCUCUAUGAUUUAAACUAGAUUUUUCCGGGUAGCGAGUUCUCCAAGCGGACCGAUGCGUUGAAUGUUUAUGGUUAUUGCUAUGCUUUUGAAUCUUUGCAAUGCUGGUCCGAUUUGAAGGAGGCUGCAAGAAUAUUUCCGCCAUCAUCCGCUUGGGUUGGGCUCUGAUAUGGACUUGGGGUACGAGUUGUUGUUUAGGUUGUGAGCGGGAAGUAUCUUGCAGUUGUUCGUUUGUAUUUCCAGACCAGGCAGGCGUUUUUAGAUGGGUAUAAAAAUACUAUUGAACAACUGAACAAUUCCGAUAAAAAUUUCAGGCGAGUAUUCUCGUCUACCAUACGACAUGGAAUUACACCGUAACUAGCAAAUGAUGGCGAUAUAUGGUAUCUUUAUAAUAAUGCGUCACAACAAUAUAUUGUGAAUGUGC